GAAUGAGACACACUAACAAGCCUAUGUGUAUUGAAACGCCAAAGUGGCGUAACCCACCCAGCCCUGCUGGAUUUUACCAGAGCCUUUGAUAUCAGUCAGUGCGGCUUCAAUAGAAGCAACAUCAGGCACAUCUAUGGCUUGAUCCGGCAGGAUUGCCACUAGAAUUUUGUUGAAGUUUCUACCAGAUUUACCGGAGUCAAUGGUCUGAGUUGAAUCGACGAUUGAAAGUUAUCAUUGAUCAUAAAUUAAUCGGCCGGCUCCCUCUCUGUAUGCAUAAUUCAAAUUGCAGCGCUGCAACCGCCCCAACCAAUCGAUUUCCAACUCCUCCUCCACCGGAUCCACUGGCCGCGAUGUCCAACUCCUCCUCUACUCCACUGCCCGCCAGUUGUGAUCCAUCUCCGCGCAAUAGAUCGGACAACGUUAGGGCCGAUAUAAAAGGAUUGGCUGGUUUGAGGUUUGGAGAGGACAGUGACGGAGGUGGAUUUGGGGCAGCGGGUGAGCCGGAGUCGAAGCCUCAGCCGCACCAUCAACCUUUGGACGAAGAUCGCGAAUUGGGGGAUGGAGCAAGUGGUCACGCGCGGGAACCUCGGUGGCGUUGAAGACGACGAGGACGCGCUGCGAAGGGCCGCGCUGGAGAAGCUUCCCACCUACCACCGGCUCCGCACUGGGAUCCUCCGUUCCGUGGUGGCGGCGGGGGAAGCUGGCGGGGGCCGGCGGCAGUACCAACACAAGGAGGUCGACGUGCGCAAGCUCGGCGUCAACCAGAGACGAGAGUUCAUCGAGCGCGUCUUCAAGGUUGCCGAGGAGGACAACGAGAGAUUUCUCAGCAAGCUCCGCAGCCGUAUCGACAAAGUCAACAUCCAAUUACCAACAGUAGAAGUAAGAUUUGAGCACCUAAAUGUAGAGGCCAAGUGUCAUGUGGGAAACAGAGCUCUACCAACACUUACCAACACAAUAAGAGACAUUGCAGAGUUGACCCUUGGUCUCUUGGGUAUAAAUCUCACCAGAAAAACCACCCUCACUGUCUUGAAAGAUAUCUCAGGAAUCAUAAAACCGUCAAGGAUGGUACUUUUAUUAGGCCCUCCAUCAUCAGGGAAGACCACUCUUUUGCGAGCUUUAUCUGGGAAGCUUGACCCAAUUUUAAAGACAACAGGAGAGAUAACAUACAAUGGAUAUAGAUUAGACGAGUUCGUGCCUCAGAAAACUGCAGCAUACAUUAGUCAGGAUGAUGUCCAUGUUGGGGAAAUGACUGUUAAAGAGACGCUUGAUUUCUCGGCAAGGUGUCAAGGAGUAGGAGCAAGAUAUGAUCUUCUUCUGGAGCUGUUGAGAAGGGAGAAAGAUGCAGGAAUAUUCCCAGAAGCUGAUGUAGAUUUAUUCAUGAAGGCCACAUCAAUUGAAGGAGUGAAGGGCAAUCUUCAAACGGACUACAUCCUCAAGAUAUUAGGUUUGGAUGUUUGUGCUGAUACCAUAGUAGGAGAUGAUAUGCAAAGGGGUAUUUCUGGAGGUCAAAAGAAGCGUCUCACAACAGGUGAGAUGAUCGUUGGGCCAACAAAAGUCUUCUUCAUGGAUGAAAUUUCAACUGGCCUUGAUAGCUCCACCACCUUCCAAAUCAUCAAAUGCUUGCAACAGAUCGUCCAUCUUGGUGAGGCCACCAUCCUCAUGUCUCUCCUCCAACCUGCUCCUGAGAUAUUUGAGCUCUUUGAUGACAUUAUCCUACUCUGCGAUGGUCAAAUUGUCUACCAAGGCCCCUGCAACCACGUACUCAACUUCUUUGUGUCUUGUGGCUUUCAUUGUCCCAAGCGUAAAGGCACCGCUGAUUUCUUGCAAGAGGUGACAUCGAGGAAGGACCAAGCACAAUAUUGGAUGGACAAACAUAAGCCAUACCGCUAUGUUACAAUUCCCGAAUUUGUCCAGCAGUUUCAGAGAUUCCAUGUUGGUCUACACCUUGCAAACGAGCUAUCUAUCCCCUUUGAUAAGGCCUGCAACCACAAGGUUGCUCUCGUCUUCUCUAAUAAGUCAGUCUCGUGCUUACAUCUUCUCAAGGCCUCCUUCAACAAGGAGUGGCUCCUUAUUAAACGCAACUCCGUUGUCUAUAUCUCUAAGACCGUUAUGAUUGUCAUAAUGGGUCUCAUAGCCUCGACUGUGUGGGUGAAGCCGCGGAUGCACUUCAGAAAUGAAGAUGAUGGUGUCAUUUACAUCGGAGCUCUUCUUUUUGGGUUGAUUGUGAACAUAUUUAAUGGCUAUGCAGAGUUGUCAAUCUCCAUUGAGCGUCUGCCGGUGUAUUAUAAGCAUAAGGACCUGCUCUUCUACCCAGCAUGGGUGUUCACUUUACCAAAUUUUCUCCUGCGGAUACCAAUAUCCAUCUUGGAAACCAUUGUAUGGACUAGUAUAACUUAUUACACCAUAGGAUAUUCCCCAGCUGCAAGCAGGUUCUUCAAGCAACUACUGGUGAUAUUCUUGAUCCAACAGAUGGCAGCUGGGCUGUUUAAAAGCAUUGCUGGGCUUUGCAGGUCUAUGAUGAUUGCCAACACUGGUGGGGCACUUACAGUGCUUAUCAUGUUUGUUCUUGGAGGCUUCAUUCUACCAAAAAAUACAAUUCCUAAGUGGUGGAUAUGGGGAUAUUGGGUUUCACCACUUACCUAUGCAUAUAAUGCUUUAGCAGUGAAUGAGUUUUUGGCUCCCAGGUGGAUGGACAAACUGGCAUCAAAUGGAAAACCACUAGGAAUUAGUAUCCUUGAGAAUGCCAAUGUGUUUGCAGAGGACAGGUGGUACUGGAUUGGAGUUGCUGGACUCCUAGGCUUCAUCAUCCUCUUCAAUGUGCUAUCCACACUCUGCCUCAUGUUUUUGAACCCUAUUGGAAAGCCACGAGCUAUUAUAUCUGAAGAGAGAGUAAGGGACCAAGAUAAAAUUCAGGAUUUACCAAGAAUUAAAAGGAUGGACUAUAAGAGUGAAGUACUGAUGAUGCGAAUGGACCCUAGUGCCAUCAAUGAGUUUAAUCAUGAGAUGUGCAUCAAUUCAGCGACUGGAGUUGCUCCUAUGAGAGGAAUGAUUCUUCCAUUCACACCUCUUUCUAUGUCCUUUGACGAAGUCUCUUAUUUUGUAGACAUGCCUCCAGAAAUGAAAGAUCAAGGAAUUACUGAAGAUAGGCUCCAAUUACUAAGGAAUGUGACGGGUUUUUUCAUACCGGGAGUCUUAACAGCCCUUAUGGGAGUCAGUGGUGCAGGAAAAACCACUCUAAUGGAUGUUUUGGCUGGCCGAAAGACUAGUGGAUAUGUCCAAGGAGACAUUAGAAUUUCUGGUUAUCCUAAGAAGCAAGAGACCUUUACAAGGAUUUCAGGAUACUGUGAGCAAAAUGAUAUCCACUCACCACAGUUGACAGUCCAAGAAUCCUUGAUAUUCUCUGCUUUUCUCCGACUUCCACAGGAAAUCAGUGAUGAACAAAAAAUGAAAUUUGUGGAUGAAGUCAUGGACCUAGUAGAGCUUGGCAACCUGAAAGAUGCCAUUGUAGGCCUUCCAGGAGUCACCGGACUGUCUAGAGAACAAAGGAAGAGGCUUACAAUAGCAGUAGAGCUUGUUGCUAAUCCUUCUAUCAUCUUCAUGGACGAACCAACAUCAGGUCUUGAUGCAAGAGCAGCAGCUAUUGUCAUGAGAACUGUCAGGAACACAGUUGACACUGGAAGAACUGUUGUUUGCACAAUCCACCAACCAAGUAUCAAUAUAUUUGAGACCUUUGAUGAGCUUCUACUAAUGAAAAGAGGAGGCCAAUUGAUAUAUGCUGGGCCCUUGGGGAGAAACUCUCACAAAAUAAUUGAAUACUUUGAGGCAAUUCCUGGAAUACCAAAGAUGCAGGAGAAAUAUAACCCUGCAACAUGGAUGCUAGAAGUAAGUUCAGUUGCCUCUGAAGAACGUUUAGGGAUGGACCUUGCAGAGUAUUACAGAUCAUCAGAUCUAUUCCGGCACAACAAAGCAUUGGUGAGUGAGCUGAGUAAACCAGCAGCAGGAACAAGUGAUCUCUUCUUCCCUACCCAGCAUUCCCAGUCUACCUGGGGACAGUUCAGAGCCUGCCUCUGGAAGCAGUGGUUGACUUACUGGAGAAGCCCUGAUUACAACCUUGUCAGAUUUUUCUUCACCCUAAUCACUGCUUUACUUUUAGGUUCCAUUUUCUGGAGAAUUGGCUUGAAGAGGGGGAGUUCAAACAAUCUUAGGAUUGUCAUUGGAGCCAUGUAUGCAGCAGUUAUGUUUGUUGGUGUCAAUAACAGUGGGACAGUGCAACCACUUGUUGCAACAGAGAGGACGGUCUUUUAUCGAGAAAGAUCUGCCGGAAUCUACUCAGCCUUACCAUAUGCUCUCUCUCAGGUGCUUGUGGAAAUACCAUUUGUGCUGGUUCAGGCGCUGUACUAUUCUAUUAUUAUAUACUCGAUGAUGAGCUUCCAAUGGACAGUAGCCAAGUUCUUCUGGUUCUACUUCAUCUCCUUCUUCUCCUUUCUAUACUUCACUUACUACGGAAUGAUGGCUGUCUCGCUCUCACCAAAUCAACAAGUUGCUGCAGUCCUUGCUGCCACGUUCUACUCACUCUUUAACCUCUUCUCCGGCUUUUUGAUUCCUAGACCAAGAAUUCCCAAGUGGUGGCUGUGGUACUACUGGAUUUGCCCAUUGCAAUGGACAGUUUACGGGCUAAUUGUGACACAGUAUGGCGACGUCGAACGAUACAUCACAGUGCCUGACCAACCAGAUCAGAGAACAAAAAACUACGUCAAGGUCUAUUAUGGAUACGAUGCAGACUUCAUGCCUGUCGUGGCUGUUGUGCUCGUCGGCUUUGCACUCUUCUUUGCUUUCAUGUUUGCUUUCUGUAUCAAGAUGUUGAACUUCCAACAGAGGUAGGAAAGUUGGACAGGAAACCUCACAAAACAAAAGGAACUAGCAAGAAUUGAAUGAUAAAGAUAUUUAAUUUUUUUCUUUUUUUUUCUCCCGUAUUUCAUGAGCGUUUGAUCUCACAAGGUCCUGUAGGGUUUUCUUUUCCUUUUCUUUUUCUAUUGCUGCAGAUAUACAUGUAAUUAUGUAUACUAUGGAAGUAUUUUUAGGUAUCAAAGUUGUCAUUCUC